AUGUCCAACUUCGCAGCGUCAGACGAGCUCAAUCCGUGGGCAAACCACGUCGACAAGAAGCCAGCAUCGACCUCGACAGCCUCUCAAGCACAGCCAGGCUCAUCCACAGCGAAUGCCAUCAUCGUCGAUGAUCCGCCAGAGGACCUUCCUCCGCCUUACACAGCCCCGCCAGCUCAGCAAGGCUUCACCGAAACAGGAAGCGCAACCGCGAAAUCGCCUUCUACGGACGUUCACUCCACCGGAAUGGAAGGUCGAGACCAGCUCCUCCUACUUGUCUUCAUUCACGGCUUCAAGGGCUCAUCCGACACAACGUUUGAAGAUUUCCCAUCGCGGCUCACAUACAAUCUGCAAGAAACAUACCCGGGCCUGCACGUCCAAUCUCUGGUCUAUCCCACCUAUGACACGCGCGGCAGUCUCGCAGCUGCUGUCGAGAGCUUUGUAGAAUGGCUCACAGAGCAGACAGUCAUGCUCGAGUCCAAGCCCGAGAUCAAUCCUGCUACAGGCGAGAUCGUUCCAGAUUCGGGCAAAGGAGGUGGCAUGGGAAGUGUCAAGAUCGUCCUCGCCGGCCAUUCGAUGGGUGGUCUCGUGGCUGUAGACGCUGCACUUGCCAUCGCACAGAGCAGUGCGGACCAGCAAGCAAGGACGCCCAAAGAGAAGCAGUCCAGCCUCAAGCUCUGGCCGAGACUCGUCGGUGUGCUUGCUUUCGAUACUCCGUACUACGGCGUACAUCCAGGCGUAUUCAAGCACGGCAUCAACAAGUACGCCGGCUAUCUGCAGACCGCACAGAGCAUCGGCACCUUUUUUGCGCCCAUGGGGGUCGGUCUUGCAGCGCGUUGGAACUCGGAGCGUCAAUCACAAAGAGCGCAAUCACCAUCGACCGGAUCUCGCUCUAGCAACGACGCUGCCGCAUCGGCCCGAGCAACUGGCAACUGGCGAACGGCCCUCAUGGCCACCGGAGCGGUCGCCCUCGCCUCGGGCGCCGCAGCCUCCGCCGCCUACUUCAACAAGGACAAGCUCAACGGUGCCUAUGGCUGGGUCACCGACCAUCUCGCCUUCGUCUCCAACCUGUGGGACGAUAACGCCCUCCGCCAGCGUCUAGACCGACUCGUCGACCAGCCGCAGAUCCUGUUCCAUUGCUACUACACGCGUCUACCCUCGACAUCUCGCGCCGCCAACCCGACCCAUAACGGUCCCAUUCCAGCGCCACGAGAUCGCACUUUCAUCAUCCUCCCCCCGCGCUCUGCGCGCUGCGCGGGCAGCUUCACCGCCAUGGACAACACCAAGGCGACCGACGAGGUGGAUGCGCACAUCAGCAUGUUUUCCGCCAAGAACAAUCCGAGGUAUUUCGACCUGGGCUUGAAGACGAGUGGGUUGAUAGCCGUGUGUUUGGACAACGAGGUGCGGUAUGGUGACCAGAGGAAGGCGCAGAUGGAGAGCGAGGAGAGGAAGGACCAGGUGGAGGAGGAGAGAGGCUUGAGGGAUGGUGAUGAGGAAUUGGAGUGGAUGAAGAAGGAGGCUCAGAACGGCGCUGCUGCCGAGUGA